AAAAGAAAAAGCAUACGGCGAAGAAAAACAAGAAGUUCUUUCCGUCACUUUAGUUUCGAUAAAGUAGACACAUUUUGUCAAAGCUAAUUCACCAAGAUGGUCCAGCGAUUGACCCUGCGACGACGCCUGUCGUACAACACCAAGUCCAACAAGCGACGUGUUGUCCGCACGCCCGGCGGCCGGCUGGUCUACCUGUACGUGAAGAAGCAGCGCACCGUGCCGAAAUGUGGCCAGUGCAAGGAGAAGCUGAGCGGCAUUAAGCCGUCCCGCCCGAGCGAGCGUCCGCGCAUGUGCCGCCGCCUCAAGACGGUGACGCGCACCUUCGGCGGAGUCCUGUGCCACCGCUGUCUGCGCGAGCGCAUCAUCCGCGCCUUCCUGAUCGACGAGCAGAAGGUCGUCAAGGUGCUGAAGGCCCAGCAGCUCGGCAAGCCCGUCAGCAAGCCGCCGAAGAUCCCGAAGGCACCGGCCAAGGCCGAGGCCGCCGCCGCCAAGAGCAAGUAAACGCGCCGGGAUUGGGGGAAGCUGAUGUUUAAUUUAUAAGAACACUCCAAACUGCUACAAAACAAAAUCAAUAAACUGGAAGUUUAAAAGCUGGA